CAAUCCUCCUCCCUAAUUCCAAGACGAGACUCAAACUGCUUCACUUGGUCCGCCAUAAAUCCAAACUUUUUCUCUCAUACUCCGCCGCCUCCUCGCAGGCUGAGCUGUGAAAUUUGACAGCGUAUUGGUUCCGCCAUUUAAGCACAGAAGAAUCUGUACGAACAUCAUUUCUACCAAACUUCAACACAUUUCUAUUCAUUCCACUCUGUUCCCAACCCGAAAUUCUAUUUCUGUACCAGAUAUGCCACUAACGACAAAUCCUUUACAUCACCGGGGAAGCUUCUCCGCCGUACGAUCCACCAUCGGACGGUUGAGAGGCUUUCUCUAUCGGCAGAGUCGAGGUUUAAAUUUGGCGGUCCAUCCUGGCUGUCGAUUAAAACUUUGAAACACAUGUCCUCUCAAUGGUGCCCUUGAAGUUGAAAUGCUAAAUAUGUAAUCAUACCACUGUAACACGGUGGUCAUUCAGUAAUUCAAGUAGCGCUUUGACUUUAGUGCAAGCGUUGCAAAUUUUCUCUCUUCUCCAGUGUUCUGCCUCCUUCCGAGAAGGCUAGCUAUUCCCUGACUUCCAGGCAAGAGAAAUGGAAGGGCUUAGGAGUGUUGUCGUUUUGACAUUGUGUGCUGGAUUUCCGAGCUUAUAGGGAAAAUAAAUGGUGCUUACUAGUAACUAGUGUAAAUUCCACCCUUGCUGCACAUACAUGUUGUGCGUUUGAGAUCAGAGAAUUAUUUUCGUUCCGUGGGACCCCCGAGGGGCCUCCUGCUCAGAAAUAUUUUCUUCUGUGAAAAGAGGGUAAUUAUUGUAUUAUCAUUACCUAUCCUCGUCACUGUAUGAUGCUGCGCCGUCUCAAGUUUUUGAUUGGGGCGGAUCCGAAGGCAUCAUCUCCUCUGGCUUUGCCUGCGCCGGAGUCUAAAUGUUUAGACGGUGACAGCUCCUCGCUCGUGCCUGAGGCUCUGCACGAGAUUGCCGUUUACAUUCACCGCUUUCACAACCUCGAUCUCUUCCAGCAAGGAUGGUAUCAAUUAAAAGUCAGCAUGAGAUGGGAGGGUUCAGAUGAAGUUGCUCCUGGUUUCCCUGCUCGCGUGGUGCAGUAUGAAGCACCGGAUUCAGUCUUGGAGGAUACUGCAGCAGUGUGGAAGAUAAAUGAUGCUGAUCACAGCUUUUGUACUCGGCCUUUCCGGAUUAAAUAUGCACGGCAGGAUGUUCUGUUGUCAGUUAUGGUAUCUUUCAAUUUAUCUGUAAGGAUGACGGAGAGAUUUUUGACCUCUCCUGUCUUGCUAAAGUUUGAGCUUUUGUAUGCUCCAACACACAGUGACAUGAAUGAAGUGCAAUAUAAUCUGGACAACUUUCCUGCUUCAGUUCAUGAGAUUCGUGUACCUCCCAAGGCUCUUCUGGGGUUGCAUUCUUAUUGCCCCCUUCAUUUUGACACUCUUCAUAUGGUAUUGGUUGAUAUGAGUGUACAUGUUGUCCUGUUGAAAGCUGCCUCCUCUGUUUCUUCACAGAAUUUUCUCAGUGAAUGUCAGGCAAACUCAUACAGUGAGUUUCAAUCAGUGACUGCUCAGGCUAUAAGAAAUGGAGAAUCAGGAGUUGAUUCCAUGGACAUUGCUUUAUGGAAAACACUCUGCGCUUCUCGGGAUACUCUUCUUAAUGAAUUGCACAGCUUGAGUAGGGCAAUUGAUAAAAAAAUUGAUGAACUGGAUGACACAGAAGACACGUCUAUACAAUUAGUUGCAAAAAAGCUUGAUGGGAAAAAAACAGAAGCAUGGGGUUUUAAAAAUGGUAUGAUAAUGGAAAUGAAAUCAAGGCUUGAAGAAUCAGCAAUUGUUUUAAGGACAGUUUCGGAGCCAGAAAAUUGGCCAUAUAAGACCAAAGGCGGGCAAUCAUCAGAGUUGUCCAGGAUAGAAAUGUUAGAAGGACUCCAAUCAUUGGGGAGUCAGCUUUCUUCUAUUUGGAACGCGUUUUUGAGAUUUCAUAGGAAAUAUAGGAUACCAAUAAUGGAAUAUCUGCAUAAGGUAUGGGCGGAAGACAGAAAUAUGGAGUGGUCAUUGUGGCUGGUACACUCUGAGAUGGAUAUUCCACAACAUAAUUCAAAUAAUGAAGUUGUUGAGGAGAAUGGUUGGGCUAUACAAGCUGCAAGAAAAACCCCUAUGAGAAAAUCCCACGAAGAUCCUGCAGUAGCUGCAGCUUCUCGUGCUGACCUGCACCGAAAGGGUAUUGAACAAAUGAAGAUAAACAGUACAUACCUUCAGGAUUUGCAAAUAUAUGGUAAGAUAGCUCUUGUUCCAAUCAUCUCUGUUGAGCACCAUACAGUCCAAUGCCAGAAAUUGAGUAAGGUUAAAGAGGAUACUAGGUUUGGCUUUACUGGUUCUCUUGAGCAAGAAGGGGUUUCCAUAACACCAAUGACAUCAAGAGGUAAAUUGCCUCCAAAGUUAGCUGAUCAGGGAACAGGAAGAAGUGGACGUGUAUUGAAGGUGGUGGUCUUUGUGCAUGGUUUUCAGGGUCAUCAUCUGGAUUUACGACUUGUGAGGAAUCAGUGGCUUUUGAUUGAUCCAGGGGCACAGUGUCUUAUGUCAGAGGCUAAUGAAGAUAGAACUACUUGUGAUUUCAGAGAGUUGGGUCAAAGACUGGCAGAAGAAGUUGCCACCUUCUUGAAAAACAAGUUUAUCUCGGGUUCAAGAAGUGCAACGUAUGAAAGUUUCAAACUUAGUUUUGUUGGACAUUCAAUUGGGAAUAUCAUUAUAAGAUCUGCUUUAACAGAUGCUGCAAUGAAACCGUACCUGAAUAACCUGUACACCUUCCUGUCCAUUUCUGGACCUCAUUUGGGAUAUUUAUACAGUACAAACACUUUGUUCAACUCUGGGCUAUGGCUAUUCAAAAAGCUUAAAGGAUCUCCUUGUAUGCAUCAGCUAACAUUUACAGAUGAAGCGGAGCUUCAGAACUCAUUUCUAUUCAAGCUAAGCGAGGAAAAGACUUUUGAGCACUUCCAAAAUCUUAUCUUAGUCUCGUCUCCACAGGAUCGUUAUGUACCUUAUCAUUCGGCCCGUAUAGAAAGAUGCCAAGCUGCAACACGUGAUUUAAAGAAAGGACCAGCUUAUACAACCAUGUUGAAAAAAUGUCUCGAUCAAAUAUUGCUUCCCGAUACAAAUGAUCGUACUUUUAUACGCUGUGAUGUGAAUUUUGAUACAUCUUCUCAGGCUCGCACCUUGAACAAUUUGAUUGGUCGGGCUGCUCAUAUUGAAUUCUUGGAAACUGAUAUUUUUGCAAGAUUCAUAAUGUGGUCCUUUGCUCAGCUGUUUAUUUGAUCAUGUUGCAAGAAUAUUGUCAAUUGUCAAAUCUACUGAUACAUACAGCUUACAUGUCCACACAAGAACAUCAAGUGCUAGCAUUGCACAUGUUGCAGAAACUAAACUUCUCUGAGAGCUUUUCAACAUUGUAUUGUAGCUGCAUUGCCUUAACCAUGGUUGACAUGUUAGAUGGUUCCAGGGGGCCAUACUGCUAACGAAGUUUUGCUUUGUACUGCCUACAAGGGACCAGAUGAAAUGGACUAUACGUAAACAGAUGUUGCUAAGCAGUACAUUUGUGGUGACUUCUUAUUACUAAGACUUUCUCAUCUUACUAAGUCAAUAUUAGUAAGGUGGUCAGAUCCAAUUCACAGGUGCUGGUCUGUCAUAAAUAUCGGAAAUUUCUGAGCUUUGGGAAAUUUUUGCAACCACUUCAAGAGAUUACAUGGCAGGUUUUUCUUUUUAUAUAUAUUCAUGGAAUAAUCAUGCCAACCUUACAUUUUUACUUGCAGAAGGUUCAGCAAGGAAACAAAUGUUAAAAGGAUUUUCUGCAUGAUAUAUGGUUUCUGUAUUUGAAGAGUUUGGGACAAUCUGCAAUGCUGUGGCGACUUUCCAAGGGUAAAACAUUGUUGAUGCGACCGAUUGUGUGGGAGUAACCUUUUGUAAUGCUACCUUGUGCAGAUUUUUUCCAAAUCUGCAUUGGCUUCCGCAUAUGAUGUGAAUCCAGGGCAAUGUACUUAAUGAACUAACAAUUGUUGAAUAUAUGUCAAAUAUUUUUUGGAGCCUGUAUGUCAUAUCACCAAACUGGCUACAAUGAAUAAAGAACUUACGUUCUUUCAAACUAUGCCACUUGUAUUAAAGCUUGGGCACUGAUUCUUAUUUAAACGUUUAUAGUAGAGAAAGUCUACCUUUUCUUCUGCGUA